UCUAUUUUGUUCAGUUGAAAAUUGACAGUUCUUGAGAUAGUUCCCAAGUGGUAUCUUCCUGUGAACUCAAUUUGUGUUUAUCAUAAUUAUUAAUUUUAUUGAGUAAUAAAUAUGUCGUGACUUUCGGUAUAAGUGAAAAGAUUUUUCCACUUUUUAUAGCUACAAUACAUAAAAUUUUAUGUUAAUAAUUCAAAAUGGUAAAACGACUUACUGAAGAGAUGGUUAUCGCAAGAACGAAGAUAUCUGAUCUUGGAAAAAUUAAAAGACUGAAUUGCUGGGGAAGCGAAUUAUCUGACGUCAGUCUUUUGAGGAAAAUGCCAGCUGUUGAAGUGCUAUCUUUAAGUAUCAAUAAAAUUGACAGUUUAGCCGAUUUUCAAUGGUGCAAAAGAUUAGAAGAACUGUAUAUAAGGCAAAAUGAGAUUAACGACAUCAAUCAGGUGGUCUACUUGCAGAACUUACCGAAUCUCAAGAACCUAUGGCUGGGAGAAAACCCAUGUGCUAAAGUGGAUGGAUAUAGACUAGCAGUGCUCAGAGCCCUGCCUCAAAUACAAAAGUUGGACAACGUCCAAGUUACACCUGAAGAAUUGAAAGAAGCUCAGAAAAAGGGUAGGAAUCUAGUUCAUCCCGAAGAACAACCUGAGAGCGAAGGCGAGGAAUAUAUAGUACAGCAACAAAAUUAUUCAAAUAAUAGAUAUGUAGAUUAUCCAGAGCCACAAUAUAGUCCUACACAACGGAUAUCACCAAGACAAGAGGUUGAUUAUGAAAUAUAUGAAAGUGGAGAUUGCUAUACAAGGGAAGAAAAUUCAGAAGGCAGCCGAGAAUUCUCACCACCUAGAGAGGUGAGUCCUCCAAGACAAACUGUACGAAAUUAUUCUCCUGAAGGACCUCCAUUGAGAACAAGAAAUAGUUUUGAAAGAGAAUCUCCUAAACAGCAAUAUUAUAAUAAAUCUCCUCCUGUUAGUAACUCAUAUGAAGAAACUCCUUCACCUACUGAUAACUGCCAUAAAGAACAGAGAUUACUAACAAGUCAGUCAGCGAAUUGCAUUAAGGAAUAUAGCAAUGGAGAUAGAUGUAUGAAUGCAAAUACGUACAGGCAAACCGACACAAACUCUGAAGGCAAUGAAAGGAGAGAAAGAUAUGUGUGCUCAGCUACUACACAUAGACCACCUUUCAAUAGACGUCCUGUUACUAGGAAUUCAAAUAUCUUAUCUGCUGUAUUGUGCCUUGUGAAGGAACUUGAUUAUCCCAGUCUUGAGGUUGUAGAGAUGGCUGUUAGAUGCAGAAUGGAUGAAUUAGACGAAUGACACAAGACUGCCUCGCAAAGCGAUGAUUCCAUCCAAAAUAAUGAAUAGCUUUAACAAAUCAAUUAACUUAUUUUAUUCAUUUUCUUUGUAAUAAUUUCAUCAGAUAUAUUUGAAUCAGUUUUUAAGCAUUUUCAAAAUAAUUUUCAAUAACUCAAAAGACUGCUAGAAUUUGCUUGGGAUCAAUGUUCUCGAAUUUUUGCCACUGAAUUUUGUAUUGAUAUUUUAGGAAUAAUUGAUAAGAUUCGGAAGUGCAAUAUUAGAAAAAACAUUGAGAAAACUCAUUACUCGAUUAAGUCAUUUUUUCAACUCUGAAGUUUUUAUAGUCAAUAUUAAUAUGUAGUAGGUAUAAACCAUUUCCUAUCUUUGGAAAUGGUUGAAUUUUAUAUUUAUAUUGAACUAAUUCUUUGCAAAAUUAUAGAGGUUUAUGACAAGUUAAAUUUUCGAUUAAAAUAAUUGAUUGAUCUGAUUUUAAUAAGGCUGAUAUUCUCAUAAAUAUUGUAUCAAGAUAUCUCCAUUCGGAACGAAAAUAAAUAACUUUCAAGAGUACAGCUAUAUAACAUAAGUAUUUUGAACUGGAUUUAGAGUUCCUAAAUGAAAAAUAAGUGAAAAACACUUAAUAGAAUCUUGCCUUAUACCUACUUAUAUAAUUUUCUAACCAAUUUGAGGUACAAACUUAUAAAAGAAAAUUUCAUUUUGAAAGAAAAAUUCCUCAGAGUUGAUUGAAGGAGUGUUGUUUGAUCAUAUCAAUAUUCGUUAAUAAUUGAAUAAUAAUUAUUUCUAAUGGAUGACGUAUACACGGAUUAUUCAAAUAAAUUGAACAUAAAAUUAAAUUAAAACAAAUAGAACAUUCACAAUUUUCUUCAUUUUGAAAAGAAGAUAUAAGAAUAGCAGCCUUGGAUUUUCAGAUUAUUUUAAAUUUCAUUCUCGUUUUUGACCAUUUGUAAAUAUUCAUAACAAUUAAAAUUUGAAUUCAUAAAAAUGAAUUUGACUUUUUCAUUACUUAAUUUAUUAUAUUAUUCUUAGUAGUAUGACAUUACUUAAAACACAUUCUCCGCUCUGCGUCCUUUUACACGAGUAAGAGAGUCAAGGUAACAAUAUUACAAAAUAUCCUAAUUAACUCAACUCAAAGGCAAUAAUGAAAUAUUUUCAUUUAUCUUGGAUCAUAUGAUUUAUGAUCAAGCUAAAUUUAAAAUAACUUGCCUUGAAGUUUUAUUGUAGUGAAGAUCUUUGGUGAUAUUAAUUGUACUUUCAAGGAUAAUUCUGCAUAAAGAACUUAGUUUAAUUGGAUCAGAUAAUCGACAUAGAUUUCCAAUUCUUUUUUUAUUGUUAACAAUUGUUAUUUAUGUAAUGUUUCAUGUAUCAUUAAUACCAAAAAAAUGUAGUUAGUUUCAUUGAAAAACUAUUAGUAUGAUUGAUAUUUCCACCUUGUGCUUCAUUAUAUUUUCCAUGUUGCUUCAAGAGAUCAUAUUCGGAGCUCUUUUGAUUCGAAGAUGCCUACUAAAAAGAUUUGUGAAAAACAUUUAUUUUCUUAUUGACAUAAUUCACUCAAUAUUUCUUGUUUAGUUUCAAGAAAAUUUUUCAGACACACAUUAAUAAGUGAUGCACAAUAAAAUUUUGGUAGAAGAAUUGAAUUUCUGUUGUUGACAACAAUUAACUUAGAUUUAUAUCAAUCGAUGAUGAAAAUUUAUGAUUCACAAAUAAUUUAAACUUUGAUGAUCAGACUUUAUUUGUCUGUUAUUAUGGCUAGCUUGAAACGAUAGUAGGAAAUUUUUGAUUUUGAUAAAGUAUUUUUAUAUUGUUAUUUUAUGAAAUUAAUUACUGAAGUAAUUUAAUUGGUUUUCAAUGUCAAGAACACCAUUCCUUUUUACCCUGAGACUGUUGAUAUUUUAAAAAUAUAUUUUAUAAUCUAGUCUAUUAACUUGCCCUUUUUUUGUGCAAUGAAGAUUAACACUAUUUUUACCUAGUAUAUGAUUUAUUUUAUAACUUAAAUUGGAGAUCAUUUUAUUUGGUUUUGAAAAGCCUUUGCAGAUUUCAUAAAAUUGUUUGAAUUAUAUUUAAAGAUAUUGAUAAGUGAUAGGUACAUCAUUUCCAAAUGAUAAUGAACCUGUAAUAUACAGUAUCGGCAGUGUUUAUUACAAUGUCUAUAACAAACUUGGUGAAGGAUUCUCAAUAAAGUUAAAAUGAA